CCCGUCACACCCCGCCUUAGGGGAUAUUAUAGGGAUUAUAGGUCUUAGAACUGUCAUUUGUGAGGGUACCAUCCCGUUGUUUGGUACGGGCUGUGCUGGUAACCCUAUUUAUUUCCGUAUUUAGAACUUUGCGACGGCUCUCAUCAAUCCCGAGGAGCCUGUCAUCUUAGGCUCUAUAUGCUGACACUGACAAUCUUAAGAUAACUAUAUCACCAAAUUUCCCUAUUCCUCGACUGCAGUAAGCACCCUGCUUUAUUCUGAAUCUGUAUCUAACGCGGUCAUCCCUCUAUCGCAUACUCCCCUCAACUUCCCUGCUGCAUAUCUCGUUCUCUCUCUCUCUCUCUCUCUCUCUCUCUCUACCACUCUGUCGUCACGAUGUCGAAGCGCUCAGUCUUCACGACAAUCACCCCGCUCCCACCGAGCGUCACCCGCCAGCAUGUCCUGGACACCUUCCACAACCACGUCGAGAUGAUCGACCUGAACCCCCUGGUGGAAGAGCGUCAUCGGAUCAAACCACCACCAAAAGCCACCCCAGAAGAGUUCCACUGCAUCUGGUACGAAGUGACGGAUCGCGUGCAAUACUUACCGGGCGGCGUAUACUCCGGCAAAGUCUCGUACCCCGUCUGCUUCCACGACCUCCCCAACGGCAUCCAAACCCACUGCUAUGCGCCGAUGGGAUUAGAGAUCAAGGGGAAAUGGUCGCUAGGUGGAUCUCUGCCAGGCGAGCCGCGAGAACCAGUUGAGAUGGGCCUCAACGUUCCCAUGGUCGGCUUAUACGUGCGCGAGGACGUCGACAUGAAGUGCAACAUCAUGUUAACCAAUUUCGUCAAAAAGACGUUCAAAAAAUCGCACGCCGAGCUCGUCGCGCGCUUAUCCGUCAAGGCGCAACUCCAAGAAGCAGCCGCGACAAACAGCACCCUCGCGUCCCAGGCCUCGCCGCACCUGAGCUACUCGGGCUCUGUUCACUCUUCCGUCGGGUCUCCAGGGUUUCCGCCACAGAAUUUGUCGAUGUUCCCGCCGGGUCUGCAGCCGCCGCCGCACUACAACCAGGCUCACCCGCAGCAAAACCAGUACCAGGCUUAUGAUCCGAGGAUGUCGAUGCAGAGCGCGUUUCAGGGACAGCAGGGCGUGUAUCAGCAGCAACCACCGCCGUCGUCGCAGUUUGCGCCGUCCGAGUUGUCGAAUACGGAAACGAAACUGGAUGAUGCGAAGAAGAUGAAUGGCGCGCCGCCUAAACAGGAGUUUCCACCUGUUGAGCUGCCGUAAUCGGACACUUGAACCGAGUUGGACUGCUGGUUCAGAAGUUCGUGUCUUGCUAGGGAGUGGUGGUGGAAAAUAAUGAUACUAUACCCGUGUGUUGGAAUGCUGCGUUGGGGACUGGUUACAAAUGGCGUUUCUGUUGUAAGAAAGACGAUGUUGGAUUGAUACUGUGGAUAGUUAGGCGAAAGUAGCAUUAUACACCUUAAAUGGAUCAAUUAUUCCUC